AUGUCGAAAUUCCCCGAGAUUCAAGGUGGUGGCUCGUUGAUUCUGGCCUGGCAGGUCAAGAACAAACAUGUCGUGGUGGUUGGCGGUGGCGAGGUCGCCGCGGGGCGCAUCGUGCAUGCGCUUAACGCCGACGCCAAAGUCACCGUAGUUAGUCCUUCCUCCGGCCUCAACGAGGAAGUCGCUUUCCGAAUCGCCGAGAAACAGGUCAGCCAUGUCGACCGCAACUUCAAGCCCUGCGACCUCGACAACGCCGAUAUGGUCCUCUGCGCCAUUGACGAUCCGGAAGCGUCGACCCAAGUGUGGAAGCUCUGCAAGGAAAAGCGGAUCGCAGCAAAUAUUGCAGAUGUGCCGCCUGAGUGUGAUUUCUACUUUGGGAGUGUUCACCGCGAUGGCCCAUUGCAGGUGAUGGUCAGUACCAAUGGCAAUGGGCCCAAGCUGGCCAGCAUCGUGCGCAAGAAGAUCGCCGAGACAUUGCCGGAUAACAUGGGGGCUGCCAUUGAGAAUGUUGGCAAGUUGCGCAGGAAACUGCGUGAGGUUGCACCAGAUGUCAACGAGGGUCCCAAGCGGAUGAAGUGGAUGUCUGCCGUAUGUGAAUCAUGGAGUCUGGAUCAACUCGUGAAGAUGUCCGAGGAUGACAUGGACGAAUUACUGUCUCACUACGCAUCUGGCAAUGUCCCUUCCUUCGAAGAAGUAUGA